CCUGUAACAGAUCCGGACAUAUCUUCCAACUAUUUCGUAAAUUGGCGCUCAUCUGUGAUAUUCAUCAAUGUUCCUGCUCUGAAUGCGAAGAUGCGACCAACACCUUGAGAAGUUGUUGAGAAGAUUUAUCAUGAUAUUCGCCAACUCGAACGCCGGACGUUGACCAUAUCAAUGUCAUGAGCGUAGGCAAAAGAAGCAUACCGUGCGCGGGUAAUCGACUCGUGAGAACAUUUUGCCUGAGUGAGUCAAAUUUGACCCAAGUCUCUAUUUCGACCUCCCACUAUGUCAGCCAGGACUGCAUCCAUCUCUAGGAAGACAAGCGAAACCGAAAUCGAGGUGUCUAUAAAUCUUGACUGUGCUCCAGGAUCCAAUGUCGCGCAAACUAUCAAUGUGUCAACCGGAAUCGGCUUCCUAGAUCACAUGUACACAGCGCUGGCGAAGCAUGGUGGAAUGUCCUUGACUAUGAAGUGUAAAGGGGACCUCUGGAUCGAUGACCACCACACCGCAGAGGAUAGUGCCAUCGCUCUCGGGACGGCAUUCAAGCAGGCUCUUGGAGAAGUGCGUGGUAUACGGCGGUAUGGAACAGGGUUUGCUCCCCUUGACGAGGCCCUAUCACGAGCUGUGAUAGACAUAUGCUCACGGCCGUACUGUGUUACUGACCUUGGCCUCAAGAGGGAAAAGAUUGGCGAUCUCUCGACAGAGAUGAUACCGCACAUAUUCUACUCAUUCGCGAUUGCCUCUGGAGUUACGCUGCAUGUGGACGUCCUUCGAGGAGAAAAUGACCAUCAUCGGUCAGAAUCUGCUUUCAAAGCGCUUGCUUUGGCCAUCCGGCAAGCUAUCGAGAGAACGGGAAGCAAUGACAUCCCUAGCACAAAAGGCGUAUUGUAAACGUAAACCAUGUAUAUCGUAUAUGAUGUUCUACAUGUUGAUUAAACAAAAACCUAGCCAAUUUCAUGCUCUGCCAAAAG